AAAAAUUAAUAGACAAAGUUUUUCAACUAAUAAAAAAGCUAAAUAACUAUUAAAAAUAAAUCUCGUAUAUAAAACUAAAGCAAUUUUUACAUAAUAAUUAUAUAAUGAUUUACAUAAAAAGAGACCCCUUUCCCAUCAAUGAUCUAAUAAAGUCAAAUAAGGAUAAGAUCCAAACAAAUCUGGAUGACUUUAGUAACGCUAAAGUCGAGUCAAAGUUUCAAGAAUUGAAGCAUGAAUUGAAUAUUAACGACGACUACUCUAUCAAACUAAACGAGUUUAAAGGGAAAGCCUUUCCCCGACUCUGGGAACAGUUGUCGACUACCAGUGCUCUAAUGCUGUUACAACUGAUUCUCUACAACGACUAUAAGAUCCAAAAAUCACAACUAAUUAAGAGUGCUUUGAAGGCAUCAUUGGUCCCGCAAUUGGUUAACAUUUAUGAGACAACU